UUUGUUAGCUACACCCUGACAUGGACGGUCUGCGACACAGCUAAAAAUACUUUGCAGUGCGUUCUUAGUCUUGUGUGAGUUGACUGGAGGACUCCAGUCCGGGUAUUGUGUACGAUCUCCUGCAAGCUAACAGAACCAGCGCUAGUGCUGGGCUGUGAUAUACUCUGAAGCACACAAGGCAGCGAGGUUUUCGUCAGCUCACAUACACUCAGUCUGCUGUGCAUUCACCGGCUGCAGCAGGUCCGACCAGCGACGGACUGCGGGCGACGGGAAAGGAGAGCGAAGAUCAAACAGUCAUCUUCAGAACGCGCGUCACCUCAGUUAACUAACUUCACUUAUCCCAAAAUUGAGAAUUAUUAUAAUUGAGUUGUUAUUAUUUUCAUUUUCGCUCUGCUCAUACUAGUAGAUGGCACACGCGGAGUUAGAGAUGAAACGCUGACAUAGGAAGCAGGUGGAUCUAUUGCGGAAUCUGUCGAGUCCCAGCGCUGUGGUUCCGUCACCCUUCCCUAUUCAUCACGUUGAUAAACCUGCCCCUGGCAAUGGCGAAAAGCGCCGAUGUGAAACUAGCGGUCUUUGGCAGAGCUGGAGUGGGGAAAUCAGCUCUAGUGGUGAGGUUUCUGACCAAGCGCUUUAUCUGGGAAUACGACCCAACACUGGAGUCAACCUAUCGGCAUCAAGCGAAUAUCGAUGAUGAUGUUGUUACCAUGGAGAUACUGGACACAGCCGGUCCGGAAGAUCUUCUACAGAGGGAAGGUCACAUGAGGUGGGGCGAGGGCUUCGUCAUCGUCUAUGACAUCACAGACCGAGGCAGCUUUGACGAGGUCGUGCCUCUGAAGAACUUCCUGGACGAGAUCAAGAAACCCAAGAACGUGACGCUGGUCCUGGUGGGCAACAAGGCUGACCUGGAGCACGCCCGCCAGGUGAGCACCGAGGAGGGCGAGAAGCUGGCCACCGAGCUGGCCUGCGCCUUCUACGAGUGCUCGGCCUGCACAGGGGAUGGCAGCAUCCACGAGGCCUUCCAUGAGCUCUGCAGGGAAGUGCGGAGACGCAAGAUGGUCCAGGGGAAGACCCGGAGACGGAGCUCCACCACUCACGUCAAGCAGGCCAUCAACAAAAUGCUGACCAAGAUGAGCAGUUAAACAACCAGUAAAUACAUAAAUAAGACUGCCAGCUGCAUUCAGAUAGAAGUACAAGCCAAGGCUUUGUCAUCCAUGCUUCUUAGUGACAUUGGUCACCCUAUUGUUCUGGAGUGAAGAUGGCCCUUGCGCAUGUUAACAGAAUGCAGAUACAGCAUGAUAUUCAGCAUGCCUGGUACCUCAUCACUUCUUGUGCUGUAGGUCAGACUUUGGCCACGCAUUAUAGUCAUAGACCCUUUUUUAUUUGACUACCCCCUUAACCGUUUAUGACGUUUGCAAUCACUCUCUGUCUCUUAUUGCGAUUACUCAAACCCUGGUGCUUUUGUUUACCUGCCAUCUAGCCUGUGUUACAAGGCACCUCCUGAACUCCAGUGAAAGCACCUCAAUUGCAAUGAGAAACACUUGAAAUGAUUGCAGACUUCAGAAAAAAGAACGGGGAUGCAUUCUCUGAGACCACCAGGUACCUCCAAGAUUCAAUUUGAUUUAUAAUUUGUAGCAUCGUGCUUGAGAAAUAUGCAAACAUAUACGAAAAAACUGCAGCGCACAAGGGGCUGUGAUAAAAAAAGAACAUGGAUAUUGAAGCAGUGGCUCUGUCUCCUUUAAGCAAAACCAUCUUGUGAUGAAUUUAUUAGGUAAUCUGAAAUCCCUGUACAGCGAGAUACGACAGUGUGUAUAUACAGCAGUGUGCACAUGUAUUAGAACACCAUGUUGCUUCUGUAGGUUUGUUGUGCAGAUGAAAUCGCUGGAACUGGAAAUCUUGGAAAAUUGUAAAAAUAGGCAAAUUAGUCAUUGUCUGAUUUAAUUGAUGACUUUAACAGACCACACAUGCAAUUAAUUUGCAAUAGGAAGAGAAAAGGAACACAGAGCCACAGAUGGCAAAAUGCAUGAGACUUUUUAAAAGUUGUUUAAGAUUCCUGAUUGAAGCACAAAGUGGUCACACACGAGUGCCUAUUGUUUCUAUAUCGUCGAUUACUGAGCGGAAAUGUAAAUUCUCACACCCUGAGGUCUUCAUGCAGGCAGGUAUAUGAAGGAUAUAAACGAGGUGUUCUAAUACAUUUGCACACAUAAUAGGCUUUGAUGUGGUGCCAGUUCACCUGAUAUAGAUGCAAAGGAGGCUAUUAUAUUGCUGUCUUCUUUACUGAUGAGUAAUGCUGCUGUUUAGCCACCUGUUUCCCACGAUAAACUGCAUUCUAUUCUUGAAUUGAAACUUGUCACCCCCACAGUAAACCUCAAAGAGCUUUUCAUUCACCUAGACCCAGUCAUGAUGUCUUAUUUCAGCAUAACAGUCUCUCUAAGGGCUAACAAAGGCUUUACUAUCCCUUUGUAUGCAUAUUGUUAUCCCUGACAACAUUAGGAUUGGUCCGUCUAUAAAGAAGUGCUAAGAAAAGCUUAGAUAUCAGUUCUCUUGCCUGAUGUUAUUGCUGGCAACAUAGUGGCUCUUUUAAACAAGCGCACAUCAAAACUUUAAAAUACAUUUGGUGGUGAUAAUGUUGCUGGAACGAGUAAUACAUGGAUUUCAAAACCUUGGUUAACAUUCCUUUAAAACAGGGUAGUGGUAUUGUUGCUGGCACUACUGAGAUGUAAGAAAAUGAAUUUGAAUCCUCAAAAUUUUAAACCUGGAACCUCUACCAGUAAAGAACAAAGGAGAAAAGUAAAUCCAAAAGCACCAGGAACACCAAAAACGUGUGUUGGUGUUGAUUUUACAAAACGAAACCUGUCAGAUUAAAAAACACGCUGAAAAUUUAUGCCAAUGUUUAAUAAACCAGAAAUGAUAUUACUAAGUCUACUGGUUUCUGUAAUGAUAUGAAAAUAUAUUUGACAAACCUGUAAAAUGGCAAAAAAAAUUAAAUAAAUGUCAACUAGAUUUUGUAAUAUUGUGAAAUAAAGCACCUUAAGAGUUAACAAAUA